GUAUUUACCGUGGCAGCAGGUAACGGCAGCCAGUCUGCUUACGUCUGUAGUUGGAAAUUCAACUGCUAGACAACUGGUUAUUUUUGUGAAUCGCACGACAUCAAGAAAGAAAUGAAUUCACAAAUCCGACAAAACUUCCACUUGGACUGUGAGGCUGCCAUUAACAGACAGAUAAACCUGGAGCUCUAUGCUUCCUAUGUUUAUCUCUCAAUGGCAUACUAUUUUGAUAGGGAUGAUAAAUCCCUUCCAAAUUUUGUGAAGUUCUUCCAUGCACAGUCCAAGGAGGAGCGUGAGCAUGCAGAGAAACUGAUGAGUCUGCAAAACAUGCGGGGAGGCCGGAUUUUUCUGCAUGAUAUCAGGAAACCUGAUAGAGAUGAGUGGGGGAGCGGCCUGGAGGCUUUGGAGUGUUCUUUGCAGCUGGAGAAAAGUGUAAACCAAUCCCUGCUGGACCUGCAGAAAAUGGCGACUGAACACAAUGAUCCUCAUCUGUGUGACUUCAUUGAGACACAUUACCUGGAUGAGCAGGUCAAAUCUAUCAAACAGCUCGCUGACUGGAUAUCCAACCUGCGCAGCAUGGGAGCCCCUCAGAGCAGCAUGGCUGAGUACCUCUUUGACAAACACACCAUGGCUGAGGAGGGCAGUUAAACUACACUGUGAUCAUCCUGGUCAACGCUGCAUGCCCACCUGUCCCUAAUAUGUAAAACAGAUAAUGCUACUCUAUUUAUGUUUGUUAGCUAGCAACUGCAAAAUUUGCACACAGCGUUAAUGGUUCUCAAAACUGGACUGCUGCAGACCUCACUUCACAUGACAGACCAAAUUGGAUCUAAAAGAUGUUUUAUAGAUUUAAAAUCUAAGAAAACCUUUUAUUCAUUUCAGUUAUAUGUUCACACCUGAUAUUUUAUUGAUUGUUUCAGUGUUUUUGGUCUGGUGGCUAGAACACUGCAUUUUAAUGAGUUGAGCUUUGAAAUGCAUUUUAAAAAUAUAUUUGCUUCUCUUUGAGCAAUAGCAAUUAAGCUGGACUGUGCUGAUGUAAUAUUUAAAGGUUUAGUACGUAGGAUCUAGCUUUUAGGAUGUAAAUAGCAACCAACUUAAACUUUUUCCA